UCCAGGCUAGCCAGCGCAGCGGCAGACGGACACCAGCCGCCAUACACACCACUACCCCUGUUCUGUCCAGCGAAGAUUGUGUGCGAGGUCGUGCCGCAGGAGAGGCACGAGCGACGGGAUCAAGCACGAGGAGCCAGUGUGGGCGAGUUGUGGGCCCUUACGAGUGCGUGGGACUCCCUACAUGUGUUGCCGCCGUGCCAGUGGAGGAGACGGCCAUGAGAGGAGGGAGACACGACGUUGGAGACGUGUGAUCACCAAGACUGUGGUGCCUGCUGUGCUGCUAGUUCUGUGCUCUGUAAUAAACUGCAAUUGGGAGAACAGUGUUUCGAGUUACGCCCUGCUACAAGCUAUCUAGGCAUUAUGGCAGACCAGCCCUCCCUUGAUCUGAGACUGAUACCGGAGUACGACGGCUCAGGCGCGCAGUCUGUGGUGGAAUGGAUAGAAAAGCUCGAGCUCAUCUGUAAGCUGCGCAACGUCAGUGAUGUGGCCAGUGUUAUCCCUCUGCGUCUGUCGGGAGGUGCAUUCGCCGUAUACUUGCAGCUUGCAGAGGCGGACAGGAAGAAAGUUGAGAAGAUCAAGGCGGCGCUUGUGGGCGCUUUUGCCGUGGAUUCGUAUAUCGCAUACGAACAGUUCAUCUGCCGGAAACUACAAGCUGGUGAGAGUCCGGAUGUCUUUUUGGCGGAGUUACGCCGCCUGGCAUCACUGUUCGGAGGUAUGUCCGAGAAGGGACUCGCCUGUGCUUUCGUGCUACCGCUGUGGUGUCCUGGGCCACAUCGCGUUGGCAUGCCCGGGAAACGACCGUGGAGGGGAGGCGUCAGCGCCAGCCUCCUCUCUGGACAAGCAGUGAAUGAGGCGCUACCCAUCGCGGAGGUGUGGCUGGACGGGAACCGGCGCAAAGUACUGGUGGACACUGGGUGCUCGCGGUGCGUGGCUCACGUCUCGUGCUGCAAAAAGUGGAGGAAAGAAGAUGUGGCUAUUUUGACCAUAAGCGGUGAGGAGCAGAAAUGCGAGGGUACGGGUGUCGUGCGCCUCCAACUUGACAGCGGUGCCUCUGUUGACGUAAAAGUGUUUGUGGUGAGUGACAAGCCCCUGGGGUUCCCGUUCGUGUUAGGGAUGAACGGUGUUGUGGCGUUGGGGGGAGUUGCUGUCAAUGCGCACCGGCAAGUACGGUUCGGUGUCGAGGACGCGCCGAUCUGCGCGGCUGCCGGCGCUACCACUGACAUACAAGUGGAUGAACAGGACUUCAGUGUUGCCUAUGAUACUGCAAGUAACACCUGGACGGCGGCGUGGAAGUGGUCGGGGGGAGACGAGCCCGGCGUCUUGCUGAACAAGGUGGAGGAGUACGCUGUGCCAAGUGAAAUAAGAUCGCGGUAUGAGGAGGAGGUGGAUAAGUGGAUAACAGACGGAUGGUUGGUGCCGCACGACGAGUACAAGCACGGUCCUGCAAAAGGACUGAUUCCUCUUAUGGCAGUUGUGCAGCACAACAAAGGAAAGGUGAGGCCUGUUCUUGACUAGGAGCUGAACACUCAUAUAGACACCUACACGGCAGAUUCUGAUGUCUGCGCCGACAGACUAAGAGAGUGGCGGAAGCAAGGUAAGAAUGUGUCCAUCAUAGAUCUUAAGCAUGCCUACUUACAAGUGCACAUUCACGAGUCGCUCUGGCCAUAUCAGACUGUUAUGUACAAAGGGCGAAAGUACUGCCUCACACGUCUAGGUUUUGGUCUGAACGUCGCCCCCUUAAUAAUGAAGACUGUCCUCAGCUCUGCGUUAUCACAAGACCCCGACGUGAAACGUGGGACCUCGGCCUACAUUGAUGACGUCUACGUUAACGAGGACAUCGUCACGGCUCGUCGGGUGGCGGAGCACCUUCAUCGCUACGGCCUAACCACCAAGGCUUAUGAGCGCGUUACAGAGGGCGCUCGAGUGCUGGGCCUGAGGGUCUGGGGGGAGAGUGGCAUGCUGCUCUGGGGACGUGAUGGCAAGGUGGGUGGUGUGCCUACCCGCCUGACGCGGCGAACAGCAUUUUCUUACUGCGGCAAGUUAACUGGCCAUUUUCCAGUGUGUGGGUGGCUGAGAGCGGCAGCGGCCUACGUGAAAAGAAGAGCUAACGCGGCUACGCACACCUGGGAUGACAUCAUCGUCGAUGCCGGCCUGCGAAGUAUCCUGGAGGAAAUAGCAGGGAAGUUACUGAAGGACGACCCUGUUCGAGGAAGAUGGGAUGUAGGAGGAACAGAGGCAAAAGUGUGGGUGGACGCUAGCUCCUUAGCUAUGGGAGCAGCAGUCGAGGUGGAAGGUAAGAUCGUCGAGGACGCCUGCUGGUUGCGUCCUGACGGCGCCAGCCAUAUCAACAUGGCUGAACUUGAUGCGGUCAUCAAAGGACUCAACCUUGCUCUGGCAUGGAAGAUGAGUAAGGUUGAAUUGGUGACUGAUUCCUCUACUGUCCACCGCUGGAUUAACGACUGCCUCACUGGACGAGCAAGGCUAAAAACAAAAGCUGCCAGCGAGAUGCUGAUUCGCCGACGACUCGAGAUCGUGAUGUCUCUGGUUAAGGAGUGCGGACUCGUCCUCACAGUUUCUCUGGUGCCCUCAAGCGAGAACAAGGCAGAUGUCCUCACCCGCGUGCCACAGCGAUGGUUAAGGACGUCCGCGGCCAACGUCAUGGAACCACCGCCAGUGUGUGCGGCAGCUGUCGAAACGUCCCUUGACCAAUUAGUGACGGACAUCCACCAUUCCCGUGGCCACCCUGGGGUAAGAAGAACGCUGUACUUCGUAAAACGAGUCAACGCGGCAGUGACGAAAGGACAGGUGCGUGCUGUUGUCGCUUCCUGCCAGAUAUGCCAGUCUAUAGACCCAGCGCCAGUGAAGUGGAGUAAAGGCAACCUGUCGGUGGAGGGAAUCUGGCAGCGGGUUGGGAUGGAUAUCACGCACUGUAGAGGAAGGUCAUAUCUCACGCUCAUCGACUGCGGGCCUUCUCGCUUCACCAUCUGGCGCCCGCUGAGGCUACAAACGAGCGAUAACAUCAUCGAGCAGUUGGAAGCAGUUUUCUGUGAGCGCGGGGCUCCGGACGAGAUUCUGACUGACAAUGACACCGCCUUCCGCAGCAAGUUGUUCGCUCAGUUUGCCUUGCGUUGGAACGUGAAUAUGCACUUCCGGGGAGCGUAUUCACCGUCUGGAAAUGGUGUCGUUGAGAGGUGUCACAGGACAGUGAAGGUCAUCGCGGCAAGAAAAGGAUGCUCCAUAGCAGAAGCGGUGUACCUCUACAACAUCACGCCCGGGGAUGACUGCUCGCCUACCUCUGCGCCUGCGAGCAUGUUGUACGGGUAUUCGGUGAGAGUGCGGGGAGAAGACGCGAGCAGAAGCAACCCUGCAGUAGAAAACAACCCUCACCAUGUAGGAGAAGAAGUUUGGGUAAAGCCUCCCGGCGUGCGCUGCGACGAGCAAUACAAAGAGGGCGUCGUGACUGGAGUGGUAUCGGAUCAAGUCGCCGAAGUUGAUGGUACACCUCGUCACGUUCGUGAUCUGCGACAUCGCGUUUCACCACCAAGACACCAGGACAGAGUAGUAGGCAACUCGGACAAUAACUGCGAGGAUCUGGUGGUUACGUUUCCUACUCCAGAAGAGCAGCGUGAGGAGGAGGACCCGGAGAGAAACGGUGAAGAUGUUGGGAGUGUGGUGCUGAGGCGUUCUGCUAGAAUCAAACAAUCUACCAGGUGUCUGCUGUGUGAUUGAGGGCUUGUGGAAGAUGGGUGACUGAGUGCCUGGGUGAUUUAGAUAUCAGGGGGGAGUGUGGACUGACGGAGUGUUGUUGGCUCACUACCGCUCGUUUGUGGUUAAAUUAAGGUAGUUUACCCCCCAAACUGACGUGGCUCUUGCCGGCAGCUAUGAGAGGAGGCGACGUUUUCCAGGCUAGCCAGCGCAGCGGCAGACGGACACCAGCCGCCAUACACACCACUACCCUGUUCUGUCCAGCGAAGAUUGUGUGCGAGGUCGUGCCGCAGGAGAGGCACGAGCGACGGGAUCAAGCACGAGGAGCCAGUGUGGGCGAGUUGUGGGCCCUUACGAGUGCGUGGGACUCCCUACAUGUGUUGCCGCCGUGCCAGUGGAGGAGACGGCCAUGAGAGGAGGGAGACACGACGUUGGAGACGUGUGAUCACCAAGACUGUGGUGCCUGCUGUGCUGCUAGUUCUGUGCUCUGUAAUAAACUGCAAUUGGGAGAACAGUGUUUCGAGU